UCCCCAAAAAUACUCGCCAGAUACCCUAAAAGAAAUAUCCCCUUUGUCUUCACCGAUCCGAGGUAAUGGGUGUGCAAACAGACGAGGAGUUUGCCGCCGGAGUGACGACGGGAAAAUCUAGAUUCCGGUUUAACUCGCCGCUGGUCCAGGUGAUCUUAAUUGGUUUGGUAUGUUUUUGCUGUCCGGGCAUGUUCAAUGCUCUUUCCGGUAUGGGCGGAGGCGGCCAGGUCGACCCCACCGCCGCCAACAAUGCCAACACCGCCCUCUACACCACCUUUGCAGUCUUCGGAGUUAUGGGCGGAGGAAUCUACAACGUUCUUGGUCCCCACCUUACUCUUUUCUCCGGGUGCAGCACUUAUGUUCUGUAUGCGGCUUCAUUUCUAUAUUACAACCAUCAUAAGCACCAGACUUUCGCAAUCGUCGCCGGCGCUCUCCUAGGAGUCGGAGCCGGUCUCCUUUGGGCCGGGCAAGGCGCAAUCAUGACAUCCUACCCUCCGGCUCAUCGGAAGGGCACUUACAUUUCCCUCUUCUGGAGUAUCUUCAAUAUGGGCGGCGUCAUCGGCGGGCUCAUUCCUUUCAUCCUCAAUUACCAUCGAAAUGAGGCCUCCUCCGUAAACGAUGCCACAUACAUCGGCUUCAUCUGCUUUAUGUCCGCCGGAACUCUCCUCUCCUUGUCCAUCCUACCUCCGAGCAGGGUGGUUCGCGACGACGGCACCCGGUGCACCAACAUCAAGUACACCCGUGCAUCCACCGAGGCCUUCGAGAUUCUCAAGCUCUUCCUCAACUGGAAGAUGCUUCUUAUGGUCCCUGCCGCCUGGGCCAGCAACUUCUUCUACAGCUACCAGUUCAACAAUGUCAACGGAGCACUCUUCAAUCUGAGAACAAGAGGCCUUAACAACGUCUUCUACUGGGGUGCCCAGAUGGUGGGCUCCGUCGGGAUUGGAUAUGUAUUGGACUUCAGCUGCAAGAGUAGGAGGAGCAGGGGAUUUUUGGGUAUUGGGGUUGUUGCUCUGCUCGGGACUGCCAUCUGGGGCGGCGGACUUGCCAACCAGUUCAAUUACUCCCAUGAUCAUCUUCCCCAGAGGCUCGAUUUCAAGGACUCCGGUGCCAAUUUUGCCGGGCCCUUUGUUCUCUAUUUCAGCUAUGGAUUGCUUGAUGCCAUGUUCCAAAGCAUGGUUUAUUGGGUCAUUGGGGCCUUGGCCGACGACUCUCAGACUCUUAGCAGGUAUAGUGGAUUCUAUAAGGGAGUGCAAAGUGCAGGGGCGGCUGUUGCUUGGCAAGUUGAUACCCACAAGAUUCCGUUGCUUUCUCAGCUGAUUGUGAAUUGGUCUCUAACAACAAUAAGCUAUCCUUUGUUGUUUGUUAUUGUCAUGUUGGCUGUCAAAGAUGACAAGAGUGCUGGAGGAGGAGCUGCUGUCGAGGCUGCCCUUCCUUCAGGUAAUCCUGUACCUGCAGCCUCUGCACAUGGCAACUCAUAGACUACUCAUGUAAUUUAUGGCUUUCAUUGCUAACGUAAAUGUGAUAUGAGGGAAAUUAGAGAACUCAUGUUUUGUGUAGAUUCAUAGCCUCACAUGUAACUCAGUUAAAGAUUUCCUUCCAACCACUUUAUGAAAUUCAUCUUGUUUUCAAUGCUAGAUGUUUUUGUA